CUUCAACCCGUGGCCAUUCCAUGUCCUCGAAUGAUGGCAUACCCUGUCGCCUGCUUUAAUAUUAGGAGUAGUGGCUCCCCCAGAAUUAAGACAAUCUCGGCCGCUCAGUCUCCCGACGGUCCCUGUCCUGUCCUCAGAGAGAAAAGGGGGGGGAUGUAUACGCAAUACACACUGCGACAAUAAAAAUUACUCGACUUGCUCAUAAACACCCGCAUCCCCUCCCCAACUGCGUCCACGCGCCAUUUGUUUCCUCUAUGCCAACUAUCGCGCGCCAGACAGCCGGUGAGUCGGCUGCUUGCCCACGAAGCCGAUGAUUGAGAUGAUGAAUGAGCCAGGCCCUAUCAAUUUUCUGGCCGACGAAUUGCUAAGUUUGGUACUAUCGUUCCUGAUCGCCGAUACCGAGUUCCCGGAUGGGCGCGAAGUGGUACAUGACUACGCGUUUCCACCGUAUAACAAUAAACGCAAUGGGACGAACGCGGUGGCUUCGCGAGGGGAAAGAUCCGAUCUGGAUAGGUACAGACUUGUAUGCACGCGGUUUAUGAGGAUUGCGACGCCGUGGAAGUUUCGUCGCUUCACGUUAAGGUUUUCGUCCGAAGGGUUUAGACGGUUGAAUGAGUUGGUGGAUAUGCAACUGGCUCAUCAUACGCGAUAUUUUACAUAUAUGGUCCGACCUUAUUACCAAGGAGGCGACUGGGAACGAUUCCUUGCAGAGAUUGCACGUGAUUAUCCUUCUCUCGCUGAGAUUCAUAUUUCCAGACUCGCCGAUCAGACAUUGUUGAUCAAGAAUGCGCGAGAUAUUCUUUCUCUGAAACGGGCACUUGCCUCGUUUCCGUCUUUGCAACAGAUCAAGCUUCUUCGAUUACAGGACAAGGCGGAUGAAGAUAUCAUGGAACGAGCGAGGCGGUUUGGUGCUGCCGGGGACGUAAAACUUCACUGGGAGCCGGCAUGCUCACGCGCAAUUGAAGCAUUGGGACUUGCUCUGAUGGGAUCUAGCUGUCAGUCUGUCCGGUUUUUAGCUCCGCAAUUGAGUCCCGAAGCCGCUCUUGGGCUACUGAAUGCUCCCCGGGUGACAAUGUCCGCCUUGGGGGAGCGACUCACGUGCUUAGAUAUAUAUUUCCACUCAGCCUCGGAUGUAACCGCACUGAUGUCAAGACUAUCAAAUACUUUCAGAGAUUUCUUCCAAGCUGCGCGAAACCUCGCCACAAUCAACGUUGGGUUUCCGGCCGACAGUCCCUUGAACUUGCAUUUGGAAGAUGUUUUCCAUCAUAUACACUGGCCACGGCUACGCAGUCUUGGAAUUCAAGGCUGGCGAUUACAUUCGUCCGAAAUCAGCGCAAUCGCGCGGCGUCAUAAGUCUGAACUCCGAGAACUCCGCUUACCGUACGUCUAUCUCCUUGAUGGAAGUAGAUGGCGCGAUGUCCUCUCCAUACUCCACGAUGAUAUGGAACGACUCGAAAAACUCUAUCUUCAACAUGUCAAUUACGCAUCUCAUAUCAACACAGAAAUCAUGAAUGGUAUCGAAAUACCGCCCGGAAGCACGACAGAUGAAGACGAACAUAUAGACGAAGUAGACCAUGACGAAGAUCCCAAUAAUCUUGAUGAACCACAUCAAUCAGAUACAGACUCCUCGUCUGUCGUCUCCGUACACGACUCACAUAGUGAAAUAUCAUCAGAAACAGAAGAAUCAUCAUAUCGACAGCAACACCACUACCCGUACUACCGUCACAAUCAUCACCAGCGAGAUUUACAAUCCUUAUCUGAACAGGAAUUGAGUAUGCUUACUGCGAAUGAAUUAGGCGAUAAUGGGAUAUAUGUGAAACGGGAACAUUGGCAUAUAUGGGAAAAAUGGGUUGUAUUAUCAAGGCGUCAGUUUAGUUAAUCAUUGGGGAGGCAACGCAAUUCAAAAAAGAAAUUGAUUUGAUUACCUUUGUAG